AAAACAAUCAGAGCACAACAUGCAAAACGACAUGCCAAAGAUUACAGGAGAGAAAAGGCAGGCGGAGGAAGGCCAAAUGGAGGCUAGACUUCCACAGAAAAAAUAUUUUAGACAGCGCGCCCAUGCCAACGUGUUUUCGGAUCAUCAUCUUGAUUAUCCCAUCAGCCCAGCUCACAUGGAUUGGUCAAAGAACUUUCCUAAUCAUUUUGCUCCAAAGGAAGGCGCGGCUGUAGAUGGGGCUGUGGUCAAGGAUUCUGGGAAGAAAGUCGAAUUUGCAGAUAUUGGAUGUGGAUAUGGUGGUCUUCUUGUCGCUUUGUCAACUGUAUUUCCAGAAACAUUGAUGCUUGGAAUGGAGAUCCGUGUCAAAGUCGAGGAGUACGUCAAUCAAAAGAUUUUAGCAUUACGAAAGAAUCACCCUGGCUCUUACGACAACAUCUCGAUUUUACGUAUGAAUGCCAUGAAAUUCUUGCCAAACUUUUUCGAGAAGCAUCAGCUCUCCAAGAUGUUCUUCCUGUUCCCUGACCCUCACUUCAAGAAGAGGAAGCAUAAGGCCCGUAUCAUUACACCUACACUUUUAUCAGAAUAUGCAUAUGUUCUUCGUCCAGGCGGGAUCAUUUACACUAUCAGCGAUGUCAAGGAUCUUCAUUUGUGGAUGGUGAAGCACUUGGAUGCCCACCCUUUGUUUGUUAGGAUUCCGGACGAGGAGUUGGCUGAUGAUCCAGCGGUGGAACACGUCAGGAAUGCUACAGAAGAGGGACAGAAGGUGGAGCGGAACAAGGGUGACAAGUACCUUGCCUGCUAUCGCAGGAUUAAUGAUGAAUAAAUAAAAAU